AUGAAGGGAGGGAACUACUUUGAAGAGUCAGAGGCAGCCAAGGGCAAAAUGAGUGGGUUACUGGGCUCCAGCACCUGCUCAGGCCCUGGGGAGACCUCCGGCCCUAGGUCUCCCCUGGUCACCAAGCUCAGGGAACCUCUCACCGAAGCCCGGUUCCAGCAGCUUUUCGGGGUUGCAGAGCGGGAGUCGGAGCUACCAACGGAGCGCGGUGGGCCGCGGCUGUGCAGGCUGUGGAGGCGGCGGGCGCGCACCUGCUCCGGGCCGGGAGUGUGGCGCCUGCUGCUGGCCAGGCUUCCCCCACUACGCUGGCUGCCCCGCUACCGCUUGCGGGCCUGGCUGCUAGGGGAUGCGGUAGCCGGAGUGACCGUGGGCGUCGUGCACGUGCCCCAGGGCAUGGCAUUUGCCCUCCUGACCUCUGUGCCCCCGGUGUUUGGACUCUACACGUCUUUCUUUCCUGUCCUCAUCUACAGCUUGCUGGGCACUGGGAGACAUCUUUCCACAGGCACUUUCGCAGUACUCAGCCUCAUGACCGGCUCGGCAGUCGAGGGACUGGUGCCUGAACCCCUGGCGAGGAACCUGAGCGGAGCCGAGAGGGAGCAGUUGGAUGCUCAGCGGGUCGGGGUAGCCGCGGCGUUGGCCUUCGGGAGCGGAGCGCUGAUGCUGGGCAUGUUCGCGCUGCAGCUCGGUGCCCUGUCCACCUUUUUAUCCGAGCCCGUGGUCAAGGCGCUGACCAGCGGGGCUGCGCUGCACGUGCUCGUGUCCCAGUUGCCAAGCCUGUUGGGGCUGUCUCUGCCGCGCCAGAUGGGCUGCUUCUCUCUCUUCAAGACCCUGGCGGCCGUGGUCACCGCGCUGCCCCAGGGCAGUGCGGCCGAACUGACCAUCUCCGCGCUCAGUCUGGCGCUGCUUGUGCCGGUCAAAGAGCUGAACGUGAGAUUCCGACACAGACUGCCCACCCCGAUCCCAGGGGAAGUCGUCAUGGUGCUUCUGGCUUCUGUGCUCUGCUUCACGUCUUCCUUGGACACAAGAUACAAUGUGCAGAUAGUGGGGCUGCUGCCUGGAGGAUUUCCCCAGCCGCACCUCCCCAACCUGGCUGAGCUACCCAGGAUUCUGGCAGAUUCACUGCCCAUUGCAUUGGUUACUUUUGCUGUGUCUGUCUCACUUGCCUCCAUCUAUGCGGACAAGUAUGGCUACAACAUUGAUGCCAACCAGGAGCUCUUGGCCCAUGGCAUCUCCAACCUUGCUUCCUCCCUCUUCUCUUGCUUCCCUAACUCGGCCACGCUGGCCACGACCAGCUUACUAGUGGAUGCUGGUGGGAAUACUCAGCUGGCGGGCCUCUUCUCCUGCAUAGUGGUCCUGUUGGUGCUGCUGUGGCUGGGACCCUUCUUCUACUAUCUGCCAAAGGCUGUCCUGGCUUGCAUCAACAUCUCCAGCAUGCGCCAGAUGUUCUUCCAGAUGCAGGAACUUCCUCAGCUAUGGCACAUCAGCCGAGCAGACUUUGCUGUGUGGAUGGUCACAUGGGUGGCUGUUGUGACCCUGAAUGUGGACCUCGGCCUGGCUGUGGGCGUGGUCUUCUCCAUGAUGAUGGUAGUCUGCCGCACCCAGAGGGUGAAGUGCCUAGCACUUGGACUGGCUGAGGGGACAGAGCUGUACAGGCCAGUUGGAGAGAGCAGCAAGCUCCUGCAGGUCCCAGGUCUCUGCAUCCUGAGCUACCCAACCCCACUCUACUUUGGGACACGCGGUCAGUUUCGCCGGGUCUUGGAGCAGCAACUGGGGCUGGGAGGAGGCAAGCAGGCUGCAAAGCCAGAUGGCCUACCUGACACAGUUGGCGAGCCUGUCAGAGUGGUGAUCCUAGACUUCAGUGGUGUGGCCUUUGCAGAUGCUGCUGGGGCCAGGGAAGUGGCACAGCUAGCCAGCCGAUGCCAAGAUGCUGGGAUCUACCUUCUCCUAGCUCAGUGUAAUGCCUCAGUGCUGGAGACAUUGACCCGGGUAGGACUCCUGGACAGAGUGACGCCAGACCAGCUGUUUGUGAGUGUCCAGGAUGCAGCUGCACAUGCCCUGGCGAAACUGGAGCAGACUGGCCCAAAGAUCUGCACAGUCUGGGUCUGACCAGGUCAUGAGGGAUGUGGAGGGCUCCAACAGUGUGUGUCAGAAGGGCCACCAUCCCUGAGCCUGCUUAAUGUAACUAAUAAAGUGAGGCUGAGAGCCUCUGGGGUCCAUGAAGUGGGUCUGGGUGUCUGCCUGUGGACCCCUGGCGCCCCUCCCUCUGCACCCACAGCAUGAGAGACACGAACAAGAAUGGCUUUCACCAGGUGUUCACUGGCCCCGCCCCGCUCCAGAGCCACACAGUCUAUCUGGGCUGGAGUCCUGGAUCCAGAGCUCUGAUGGGGAGGCAGAGCCCUGGAACUGCACAAUGCGGAGCUUCCCCAGCUCCUCAGCCCAAGGAGAGGAGAGGACAGUGUUUCCAUUUCAGGGUUUUAGAGUCCUCUUGGGCUCUUUGGCACUUGGAAAGUGACCCCCCCAUUUCCUGCCCCAUAAGGAUGGGGUGGGGGAGGACUUGGCACUGGCUGUGGGAGAAGUUAUGGCUCCAUCAGGCACCUGGGCACUCAGAAAAGAGUGUCACCAGGACAAACCCCUGCAUGGGAUCAGGUUCUCAAGGAGGAGGUGUGAGGGGCGCAGAGGCCAGGGACAGUCAGUGGAGUGCUCACUGGGUGGAGGGGGUUGCUGGGAAGUCCUGGCAGGGGAAGGAGGCAGGCCCAG